AUGCCGGCAUCACGCAGAACGGUAGCGACACCAACGAGCUCCCCAGCCUGGAAUAAUACUGGGGCCAGCACAAAGCCAUCACGCCUGUGGCAACAUGACCGCGGCAAUGGAGAAUACGAGCUGCUAACCUCAGUAUUUCUCGGUGACAUUGGAAAGUACAGCAGCGAUACUUCCUUUAAGCUGGCCAAGGACAACGACCACUUCGCUCCUGUGCCUGGCGAGAUACGAUACACAAAAAUUGUACGAAGACUAGGUCGGUCGCUUGCGAUUAUUCAACUCACCUUGGAUGCCACUGUCGACGACAAAGCCGGAUUAAACCAAUGCCAACAGAACCCUCUUGUGGCACGAUAUGCUCUGGGGGAUGUGAUGGGCAUUCAUCGGCUACUCUACAUUGGCUAUUUCCUCGGAAGAUUCUAUAGCAUAUCUCCCGAACCGACGGCGAAGAAGGGAGCUCUGUUCCUCGACGGCUACGGGGGAGUGUUACGGCAUCAUCACAACCGCCUAGUCUCUCUGGGGUUCCAGUGGAGCUCAAAAGGUCUACUUCGUGCAUUCUCCCUCUUCGCAGUGCUGCACCUGAGCGGAGUAAUUGUCGAGAAUGUCGACAAAGCUCUCUUCACCAUGAAUACCCUCAGGUCUGCAGCAUCCACCGCAACCGACCUAGAGAUGAACAGCCACUAUUGGGAGACCUGGCAGCAAGGCGCUCCUGGGGAAACCGAGCUCGACACAGAGACCGUCUUCGCCAUAUUGAGGUGGUCGCCAAUGGGAGAGGCGAAGCACUACGCUCAAGAUCUCGCCAAUCUUCGGCAGGCCGUGUUUACCCGUGCUCGUGUUCAUGCGAGUAAAGCUGCAAUUCUCGAUACCGGUUCAGACGAGGUUUACAAGCAUGAUCCGUCUGACCCUAGCUCCCUUGAACGGCUGGAGAACCUGUUUGUGGACCACAUCGAGGCCGCCCUUCGUCUCAUCAACGAGGUCGAGUUGAGUCGACCCGAAGACGGCUGGGACUCACUGCCUAUACUGGAUGUGGCCAUCGAGAAGCUCGACAAGCUGAUUGAAGGCUUCCGCGCGUCAGAAAUCCGGCUGAUCGCCCAACUUUUCCAAAAAGAGGCACCAGUUUGGCGGGAAUCAAGGCCUCCGACAGAAACAAUCGACCCACUGCCAUCGAUCACGCGCGGCGACAUUGGAUACAAAGAUCGCCUGCUCCUAAAGGAGCUCGACCAAGAACUCCGCCAAUUACCGCCCGUCGCCGUCGAGGAUGCCUAUACCGAACCGUUUGCGUGCCAGCGCAUCAACAGUCAUGCGGCUUGGGAUGCAAGCGAUACCACAACCGGCGAUAUUGAACACUCAUACUGGUACGAGCCUGCGAAGGGCAUAGAGUUGAGCGAUGGCAUGCCGGAAGAGCGGAAGGAGAGGCAUAACGAGGCGUACUGGGCGCGGGAGCAAGCUUUCCAGGCUCGAACGGAGGAGUUAUUUGAGGGAGUUACCCAAACACUGUCGCCGACGACGUCAGGAAGUAUCUGCGCGAAGGGCCAAUUGUCCAGCCACAUCAUUGGCCGUGGCAAGACUCCAAAUCUCGAGAGCCUCCAGUUCAGGAGGCCACUCAACAAACCAACCCCGCCAUCAAAGCAAGUGGCAUUUGCGUCCACCACCAAAGGCGCGUCUGAGGGCCCCGCUAAGCUUGGUCAUGCUCCAGCUGCUCUCCCCACCACGGCCUCCGCCUCACACACUGCAGAACCUGCCACGGCAGAAGAACAUACCGGGACUGCUCUGAAACAGGACCUCGAGCAAGUUCACCCUUCAGCGGCCUCCCCUUCUGUUCAUAGUGACACUGAGCCGCCCUCUCUCCCCACACAGCCAAGGUACACAGAAGAUCUUGAUUCUGACGGUGAGAAAUAUGACUCGUUUUGGUUCCCGUUUGAACAGCCUGUUCCGUUUAAGGACCCUGUCGCCACUAAGGAAGCUACGACGGAGCAAUCUAAGCUUGGAGAACCUGCUUCACAGGCCCUAGUCCCCACGGCGUCAUCGUCGGAUGAAUUAGACAAGAAGACUAUCAAGGAGGAGGUAUCGGAUGAGUUUCGAAGACUAGGCACCAACCCAUAUACAAGUAGUUGGAUUCGAGUACCUGACACACUCGCAAAACCGCCAAGUCGAGCUAUUGCGGUUCUUGAAAACGUGAUGUCAGAUGGAUCAUGUCCGGUUGUAGCAAACCUCUUCACAUUGACCCAUGCCGCUCAGCCUAAAACACUUGUCCGCGGAGUCCAUACUUCCCGACUAGCCUUGAUAUCUCUGGACCGCCUCAAGUCGUCCGCUGAACGCUCCGAAUUCAUAUCUCAGGAUAUCUAG